GUCGCCGCUUGCUGAGCUGCCGAGUCACUGGGGAGGGAGGAACCUAAGCAAGGGGCGGGGUGCGUGCCCGACUGACGCAGGCGCAGUACGAAUCCCGAGGCGCGGGCAGUUCCCCUCCGCAGAUUUGGAUCCGGGUCAGUCUGGCGCGGCGAUCGGGGGACCGACGAUCUGAACUGAUGGCACCGGGUCACCGGAACGCCCCAGCUGCGAAGAGCAUUAACGGAAACAUCCAUAGUAGUGUAGAAACUUUCACAAUGAAAUCUGAAGCCAAGGACGGAGAGGAGGAGAGCCUACAAACUGCUUUCAAGAAGUUAAGAGUGGAUGCAUCCGGGUCCAUAGCAUCCCUGGCUGUUGGAGAAGGCACAAGUGUUAGAACAUCAGUUAGAACAACUACAGAUGAUACCAAGCUGAAAACUAUAUGUGCAUCUAAAGACAGUUGGCAUGGGUCUACAAGGAAGUCUUCACGAGGAGCAGCGAGAACCCAGCGUCGUCGACGUUCUAAGUCUCCUGUCCUUCAUCCUCCAAAGUUUAUACAUUGCAGUACAAUAGCUUCUUCUUCCAGCAACCAGCUAAAGCACAAAAGCCAGACUGAUUCCCUUGAUGGCAGCAGUGGGCUGGGAAUUUCGACCCCUAAAGAGUUCAGUGCAGGAGAAUGUGCUGCUUCUGCUCCUGAUGCUAAUCACACAGGGGCAGUCAUUGAGCCUCUGAGAACUUCAAUUCCAGGGCUCCCAUCAGAGAAUACCAAGGAAGACUCCUCAGAUGCCACCCACGUCUCCCAAGCAAGUGUCAAGGCCAAUGAUCUCUCUGACUUUCAGUCCGUUUCCAAGUUGAACCAGGGCAAGCCAUGUGCGUGCCUGGGCCAGGAGUGCCCGUGUAAGAGAUGGCAUGGCAUGGAGGUGUACUCCUUCUCAGGCCUCUAG